GAAGGGGGCGAGCGAGGGGACCCGUGGAGGUCGGAGACCCGAGGCCCAGCGAGCCAGCGCCGCCCGCCGGCACCGCCUCCGCCUGCGGUGACCUCUGCGCCGCUCCCCGCCCCGCGGCCUGGACGCACCGAGCCCCGGACGAGCCGCCCGCGCCCCGCGCCCUGCGCCCUGCGCCCCACGGCCAGUCACCCUUGUCCCCGCGCCCUCGCGCUCGCCGCCGCCGCCUCUUCGGCUUCUGCAGGGAACAUUGCAGCCUCCCUGGCUCCGCAGCCCCUGCCUGCCUGCCGCCUCCGGUUCGGACCCCUCCUUGGCCCCCCAACCCCGCUGGUGACUGACUGAACAGAGGUGGGUGCUGGCUUCAGCAGAAGCUGCCCCAGCAGAGCAAGGUUUGGAAAUGUCAGCAAUCCUCCGAGAGCUGCUCUGUGUCUCUGAGAAAGCUGCCAACAUUGCCCGGGCUUGCAGGCAGCAGGAAGCCCUCUUCCAGCUGCUGAUAGAAGAAAAGAAAGACGGAGACAAGAACAAGAAGUUUGCCGUUGACUUCAAGACUUUGGCUGAUGUGCUGGUCCAGGAAGUUAUAAAACAGAAUAUGGAGAACAAGUUUCCAGGCUUGGGAGAAAAAGUGUUUGGAGAAGAAUCCAAUGAGUUUACUAAUGAUUUAGGGGAAAAGAUUAUCUUGAGAGUGUGUCCAACGGAGGAAGAGAUGGUGGAACUUCUUAGUAAAGUCCUUAAUGGAAACAAGUUGGCAUCAGAAGCAUUAGCCAAGGUUGUUCACCAGGAUGUCAACUUGACUGACCCAACUCUGGAUUCCAUUGAGAUAAACAUUCCACAGGACUUGCUGGGAAUCUGGGUGGAUCCCAUAGAUUCAACUUACCAGUAUAUAAAAGGUUCUGCAGACACUAAAUCCAACCAAGGAAUCUAUCCCAGUGGACUCCAAUGUGUGACCAUUUUAAUUGGUGUGUAUGAUAUACAGACAGGUAUUCCCCUGAUGGGGGUCAUCAACCAACCUUUCCUAUCACAAGACAGAGACACCCACAGGUGGAAAGGACAAUGCUAUUGGGGCCUUUCUUACAUGGGCACCAAUAUCCACUCACUUCAGCACCUCAACUUGAAGAGAAACAUCACCGAAAUGCAGAAUCCAGCAACUGGAAAGAAAAGCUCCGAAGCCCAAGAGCCAGGAACCCACUUUUCAGCUGUCAUUAGUACCAGCGAGAAGGAGCCCAUCAGAGCUGCACUGUCACGUAUAUGUGGGGAGAACAUUUUCCGGGCUGCAGGGGCUGGGUACAAGAGCCUUUGUGUGAUCCAAGGUCUUGUUGAUGUUUACAUCUUUUCUGAAGACACUACCUUCAAGUGGGACUCCUGCGCGGCCCAUGCCAUCCUGCGGGCCAUGGGUGGGGGCAUGGUGGAUCUGAAAGAAUGCUUGCUAAGAAACCAAGAGCCAGACCUCGACCCACCGCAGCUGGUGUAUCACAUGGAAAAUGAGGGUGCUACUGGUGUGGAGAAGUGGGCCAACAAGGGGGGACUGAUUGCAUACAGGUCAAGGAAACAGCUAGAGACAUUCUUGGGCCUCCUCAUCCAGAACCUCACACCUGCAGGCUCAACCAUAUAGAUGAAGCUUGUCUCCAUGUACUUAGACACUGAACUGUGUAUCAUUUUCCA